CCUUCUACAGUCAUCAGCAGUGGCGUCCAGAUUUCAUUCUCAGACGAGCGUCCAGUUUGCGAACAUUGGUGACGUCAAACUGCUAUACUUACCCAUUGGAACUGGUACCAAAUGAUUCUCCACACGAGUGGAGGGACCAAGGUACAUAGUACACGUUCCUAAUCCUUGAGCCGAAUACGCAGUAUAUGUACUCCAAGGUCUCCUAGGGCGAAGUGCCAUCGGUCGCGAUAGCGGACAACGUUGGAUUUUGAAACACCUAGGAUUGUCGAAGUCUUGGAAAUCAAGGUGGAGCUGGCUCGAAUUACUGUUCUCUUCCCUAUCUCAUACUCAUCCAAGCUGAAAUCAUGACGGAGUUCUUUCCUCAAGAGCUCAUCGAUGCAAUAAUCGACGAGGUUCACGACUUCGAUGAUCUCAAAGCGUGCUCCCUCACCUGUCGCAAUUUUUCCUCACGUAGCCGCACCCUGCUCUUUCAGCAGCUCAAUCUUAACGGGAAAUCCCAUCUCGAUGCGUUCCAGAGAUUCCACGACCUAUGUGUGGUAUCCUCACAUAUUCCUUCCCUCGUGCGGACACUCUGUAUCCACGAGUAUCAUCGUGGCGCUCUUCGUCCCAGGUCCGACAUCGUCAACUCUCUCCUCCGAUUAAUGCAGAAUCUCGAAGUCAUCAAAUUUUAUGAUGUCACUAGCUUCGCCGACUUCUGCGAUGGAUCGCUGGCGCGGCUCUCAUCUCACUCAUUCCGCGAAAUAUAUCUUUAUGACAUCUUCUUUCUCAAGAAUGGGUUGGACCAGAUGUGCUCCAUAUUACAAGGGUCCCCAAAGCUGGAACGGUUAUUUGUGCAUCAUACUAGCCCGUAUACGAUAUCUAUGUUUGGAGGCGAUGAGACGAGCCAGCCAAGACUGGAGCACACGCACGUUACACGUCGCGGACCUCUUAUCCGAGACUUGAGCGUCGUGAGCAGCUAUUCAUAUAGGUGUCCUGCCCUCAUCGAAGCGAUAUUGGAGACAAAAACCUGUCCUGUAUCUAUCAACGAACUGCAUCAGUUUGCAUUUAGUCUUAGCAACAUUAUCGACUUCCAGCAUCUCGACAAAAUGCUCACACUGACAUCAGACACGCUUCGCGUUCUGUUGUUGACAUUCAAUUGUUCAAACGCUCAUCCAUUGGACAGACUUCCUAUCGUCAGAAUGGGGCAUCUACGAAAGAUUACUUUCAUGAUCACACAUGGGCUCUAUGGAUCUUACUGCUUGCUAUGGUGGAUCCAAAGCCUGAAGAGAGUGACAGCUUCUGAUGAAAUGCCAGCCUUGCGGAUAAUGGACAUCGAAUUAGGGCCUUCGUUCAGUUUGGUGAUCCCCGCGUCGCAGCCAGAGUGGAACGAGUUUGACCAGAUCCUCGCCAGCCCACCAUUUGACGACAAGAGGUCGUCGGACGAAGAGGAGAAUCACUGGGACCAAGGUUCGUUAUCCUUGCCGUUGAUGAACUUUCUGCGCGCCCCUCGGAAGAGCCUCGAAGUCAGGGCGGAGGAUCUUAAAGCGCAGUUCCCCCGACUUGCAGCAAAGGGUAAACUUUCAGUCAAGGUCAUAUAGUGCGUACCCCAGUCUUGUAUUUUUAGAAUUUCGAAUGCUUAUUACGGGAUGUGCGAUGUAGAUAGUCGACGCGAUGGUAAUUCUGGUUCUGCU